GAAAGUGAGCAGAUGUAUCUCCUCUUGGCAUGUUCUCAAGUUUACACUACAGCAAAGCAUUGUGUAGAUGCAGAAUAGCAGAGAGGAAAAAAGGACAGCUCUGUUUCUAAUCAAAGGCGAGGGUCUCCUGCUGGCUCUGCAGCUGUGGUGGGCCGAGUCUCAUUCUCCACAUCUGGAUCCAGUUAAGCACUUCUUACAAACACACAUCCGGUCAGACUUUCAUCCCACAAUUGCGCUGUGGAGCAUCCAUGAGUGGGUGUGUGAAGUGCCAGAGAGGGAAGGCUCUCUAAAAACACAUGUUUGAGUGCCACUGUGAGGGAGCCCCAAGUGCUGGGAAUUACUUUCACUGCAUUGUUUAGGCUGUUGCUAUGUGCACAGGAAAAAACUGGGGACGCCGAGGCUUUUUGAAGACAUACCACAAUCAUGACUCAUCUAUCUGAGUAGCUUGGCUCUUUCCCAAUGACUUCAGGUCCAUAAACGAUCUCCUGCUUCGUUUUGGACACCCUUCUCCUGCGAAAAUGGCCGACAUGGCCGGGCUUGUCUCUGAUGAGACAGUGAAGGGCCCAGGAGAGCUGGAUCCGUGUCUGUCGGAAAUCGACAGGAAGUAUGAAAUUGUCCCUGCUGUUAUCUCCUCUACAUGCUGCCUCUUUGGAAUUAUCUACUGUUUCUUUGGUUACCGCUGCUUCAAAGCCAUCAUGUUCCUGUCGGGUCUGUUGUUUGGCUCGGUGAUUAUCUUCCUGCUGUGCUAUAAGGAGCGAGUGUUAGACACACAGUUGAGCAUAGAGGCAAGUGCUGGCAUUGGCCUGGGCAUCGGACUUCUGUGUGGCCUCGUCACUAUGCUAGUGCGCAGUGUCGGCCUCUUUAUGACGGGCAUCCUGCUCGGCCUGCUCCUCGCCAUCGCUGGCCUUUUGCUCACACACCAGUUAUUCACACCCAGCACCCCAUGGGUGCCUGUAGGUGUCCUCCUCGGCACUGGCAUGCUGUGUGCCGUUUUAACUCUUCAGUGGCAGAAGUUUUUCACCAUCAUCUCCACAGCUGUGUUUGGUGCUGCCAUCAUGACAGUGUGUGCUGAUUACUUUGUGGAGUUGCUGAUGCUGGUCACACACAUUUAUGAUUGUCUGCGCCUCGUCCCUGCUCCAGAGCCACUCUGCUGGUACAGCUGGGUCAUCCUGGGCAUCUGGCCUAUGCUCAGCAUUAUGGGAGCAUUAGUGCAGUGGAAGCUCACAGCUGAAGGUUUUUCACACACUGAAGUGAUCAUCAGCAGGAGGCAGAAGCGAUUGCAGCUGAUGAGAAUAAGACAGAAAGAUGUGAAAAAGGUGCAGCUGUCUGCAGGUCAGGAGGGGACGUAUCGCCGUAAACCCACUCCUGUAAAACGCUACGCUGGAGAUCUUCUAGCUCCAAGUUACCUGCAGAGUCUCCGGGAGCGUCAGAUGGGCACAGGCACAUCCCUGAGCAGCCUGAGUACCGCCAACCAUACCAUGGUGGAUAUGGAUUAUGAUACUGGAUCCACAGUUCCACUCACACACACCACAGCAGCAGCACGCACCUGAAUAUGAGCUGCAUUCACCAGUGGUUAAAGAACUAACUGUCCAGAUAAGGAGAAAACAAGAUGGUACUUCGUAGUAAAGUCAGACGGUAUGACUGAGCUUUUGUUCAGGUCCAAACGUCCACUGCCACGAACUGUUAUUUCAUCACUUUUAAAAUCUUAAUACAGCUCUGUCUGAUUCAAAUUAAGACUCAGUCAUUCACUAAUAUUAGACAGUUAAAGUCAUAUUAAUUGAAACCCGUAGGAGUGGUGAGCAUUGAAGGAUAAAUUAUAUAUCAAUAAAAAGUGUAUGUGAACAGGACAUUUAUAUGUAGAUUUUAAUUUUACACAAUGGAUUUUUCAGACAGCUACACAUCGGAUCUGUCCCAGUUUUAAGGCUGCAAUUUGAAGUUGUAUACUUCAAAUCUAGAAACCCUUAAAAAUUUCCUAAAAACACUGUUAUUUCCAAUAGUUGCCAUGCAGUGAAACUUAGUUUUAGGUGUGUAUAUGCGUCUUUCCAUUUUGAAAAUUGGCUCUGCCCACAGCCAAAGCAGAACUGCUCAGCUCUGCCCCUUUUCAGCAGGCAUAUGUUCCUGUGAUUUCAAUAGAGUGCGUGGAGUUACUUGUGGGAAAGGGUACAACUGCAAUUCACCUUACAGACAACAGAGGGCUCUAAAACAUCAAAUGACUGAAAUAAGUAUCUGUUCUUGAACACGUAGGGCCCUCGGUAUAAAAUUGUGUGACAGUUAUUUAUAGCCUAUGGGGGAAAAAGCGGUUCUGGAUGGACCUGAACUCCGGACCUGACUGUAUGGAGAUAUAAAUUGUCUAAUUCCAAUCAUUAGGACUUCAGUAGAUCACUGUAUAUGGGUGUAAAUGGACUUGGUAGGCCUUUAACAUUAGUUGGCUCUUCAGUUGCCAACUAAUAACCAGCAAACUGAUUAAACAGUAUUUAUUUUUAUAAUGGCCUGCCCUGUCUUGUCACUUGGCCUCAAAAUCUUCACUUGUAACCUGCCACUACAUGCUGUUGUCUUUUUAGGUUUACUAAAACUCUUCCUGUGUUUCCCAGACUACAAGAUGCUUUUUUGAUCCCUGUAGUAGAUACUGUGAUUUAUACAGUGAAAUGACAUAGUCUUCAAAGGUAGUUGGCCAAAUUGUAGCCAAAUGAGAAACCCCAUUCUUUGCAUGGAUGAGAGAAUGUUAGUGAAGUGCUGAUUAUUAGCGUGUUCAUGUAAUUUCAGCAAAUACUACCAAAAAAAAAAAAAAAGUGUGACUUAAAGAUCACUGGCCUUACUCUUAAGUGUGAAAGUCGUUUUUUUUUCCCUCCAUUCCUUUUUUUUUUUUUAGUCAUGUUAGUUUACAAAGUGAUGUCAUACAGUCAAGUUUCCAGCUCAUGAUUUACAAAAAACAUGAUCAGCUUUUACAAGUAGGAUACUUACAUUUAUGUUGACGUGCCUUGUGCGUGAUUUACUUCAGCCACUGAUAUGGACAUCCUAUCAAAAUUUAAGGUACAUCAUCGUGCUUUAUACAACAAAGCAACUUUGCAGUAGACAAUACAAUAUUUUAAAAAAUCUUUAAUGUAGCAUAAAAUGAUGUGAAUGUGGGAAAAGACAAAGAGCAUGGACAUCCAGUAUUUCUCUUUUUUUUUUUUUCCCCUCCUGCCUGAAAGGCCCACCUUAUUGGUAAUGUUUUACUAUUUUGUUGUCGAACAGCAAGUUUUUCUAUAGAGGCGUCUGAGAGAAUGUUUAUGGCUCUGCUUCAAAAUCAAUCAGAGCAUUGUGAAAUGACUCAAAAAGCAUUUUGUGUGUCUGUAUUUUAAUUUGUUUUUAAACUAUGGGGUUGUACAAUAGUGUGUAAUUGAUUUACUCAUGUCCGUAGCGUUUAUCAGAUGCAUGUGUAUAGUUUUCCACAAUAGUGGUUCUGUGAACACGCUGGCAGUUUGAUCAGCAGUUUUAUUCUUCCAGUGCAUUUUUGUAUUAAGGGGAAUGUCUGGACAUGAGUGCAAGAGAAAUGUGGAAUCUGCAGUACGAUUACUGUUAAUACUUGCUAGAACAUUUGUCGUACUAAUUUCUCAUAUUUCUUUUUUACCAUAAGAUUUCUCCUAGGAGCUGCAGCUUGUCUCAUUCAUAUCGCUGUUUAUAAUGUAAUGAGCCUUUAGAGACUGUUAGUGGGAUGGUGAGUUUCUGCACUUAAACCUGUGUUAAUCAGUGCCUUUAGGUCAGAUGAAGCUAAAUGACCAGUCUAUGCGCUUUCUGUUUACUGUGUUGUGUUCAUCUUGUGUAUAAGAUGCUUCUGUGACCCAUCUAGAAAGUGACAAUUUGAUGAUUGUCACCCCACGUUUGUCUCUUGUAGGUGGGACCUGUUCAAUAUCCAUGAACAUGUCAUUUUAAAACCAUUAAAAAUAAUCUGUACAGAAUAAUCGAUUGUUUGCUAUACUAGACAAAACAACUAAAUAUACUACAGACAUCUUUAACACAUUUCUCUUGGGUUAGUUACAGGUACACACUAAUGUAAAUUCAGUAUCUGAGUCUUGAUUUGUACUGUGAUUUGUAUCUGUAUUAUUUAAUUUUUAACAAGCUGUAUUUGUUCAUCACAAACAUCAUCUAAGUUAGUUAGGUUAGCAUGUAUAUUCUUCAUGUAAAUCAGUCAUUCAAGAGAAGAUAACCUUUAAAACAUUACAUGUUUUGAAUGCAGAAAAUA